GACCAGUCCCACCCAUUCACCGUCUCAAAUUCCUAAUUGAGCCGGCUAAGAUCCGUAGAUCAAAUUUUAAACUGGAUACGUGAUGGAUUCGCGAUCGCGAAUCAUAGCAGUGAGUCCGUGGAGGUGCGUGCAGGUUCUCGUGGAUGGGAGAUGCCUCUAAGCGAGAAGGGGCGCCGGACGAAUUCACGAGGGGACAUAAAACAUUGUCUUAUUUUCAUUCCCGAGAAGAGAGAAGCACUGCACCUUGUUGUGUGAUCCGUGCACGGAGGAGGAACGAAGAGAGCUCUGAGGUCGGAUCGAAGGAGAGAUCAGAAAUGGUUGCUAUCUCACUUUACAGAGGGAACCUUCACAGGGUUCCCGAUGUUCCCCGUCGAUGGCUGAUGCCAACUCCUCGCAUUUCCGUCAAAGAUUUCAGAACUCUCAUCCGCAAGCGAACCAAAGCCCUUUCUCGCCUCUCAGCCGCCACCGCCGCCGUCGAUGCCACUACCUCAUCUGACGCUAACCCUAACUCUAGCCCUAACCCUAACCCUAACGCUAACCCUAAAGCCUGCUCUAACCCCGAUUCAAAGCAAGAGGAAGGCGUUGGAGACAGUGGCUGCUCCAAACAAAAUCACCAAUCUACUGAAACUACUCAGCCCCAAUCCCAAUUAACCGCGGUCAAUUGUUCUGUUGGGCUGCCAUCUGCUGGGCACGCUAGAGAUCAAAGCGAAGAAGACGGUGAUUCUCGUCCUGAACAAAUCAGGGCUGCUUCCGAUCCUCUUCCAUCACCUGCUUCCAAUCUUGCCGUACCAGAUGCCGGUGCCUGUACCUCAAAAGCUUCGCAGGAGGAGAAGCCGUUGUCCUCGGUCCAACUCACCGUGGAGGUAAAUGGUUUGGAUGUACCAAGUGACAAAGAGAAAAGGAAACUUGAAUUGGAGGAGAAGUUGCAAACUUUAAAUGAGAAGAAGCACAAUCUAGUACAAAUGCUGAAGCAGAUUUUAAAUGCUGAGGAGGAAAUGAAGAAGCGAACCAGUAUGCAAGCAUCAAUUACUCGCCCUUCUGAUCCUCUGCAAGUGAAUGCUACAGCUGAAUUGGGGUCAGUUACUAGGCAUGCUGCUCCUAGGAUGAGCUCUGAAGCUAAUUUUGGUGGUGAUCUAGAAGGAGAAGCUGAAGAUGUUUCUAACCACAGUACACAAGGCCGCCAUUUGCACCGCAUGCGCAGCACAUCUCCCUCUGCUGCUUCUCCUCUCAGAAGGCCCAUGUAUAGCCCUCUUCAACACAAUCCAGUUCUGAACACCAAUCGAGCAAGUAUUGGAGCCACUGUUCAUACCCAGCCUUCUACAGCCCCAUCAAUGGCCGUUAUAGCAAGUCCAUCACGUUUUGCUCCUACCGCACACCAAAGCCAUUCUGCGAAUUUGGCAACAGUGUCAGUGUCUGGAACACAUUAUGUUGCCUCGUCUCCUUCUCCUGCAGGAUCAGGGGGUACAUCAGUCUUUAGAGAUGCUCGUUUGACCAGUCCUUCAUGGAAUUAGUAGGGAUUCAGUAAUCUCAUGCUGACAUGUAAGCAAUAUUAGUUUACCCUGUUCAAUAACUAUUGCAUUUUGAGAUGGGUUGUUGUGGAGGAAAACAGUGAACAUUAUAACGAAGCUUAAAGCAAUACCUUUGUCAUCAUCAUGAUGAUCCAAGCUUGAUCUGAACUAUUUGGGGUGAUUUGUUCCAUCAUUCAGCUAUCUAAGGUCAUAUCAUUCCCUUGACCUUUUGUUAUAUAUAGUGUAUUCAAUAUGGAAAUUGUGUUUGAAGCUUGUGUCCA